AUGGCGAAAUGGACAUACCUGGCUUCAAUGGAACUUCUCUCAACACAGGGCAGAUUCAUCCCCAAUUAUAAGUGUGAUGCCAAGGACCAGGCAAUAUCUGUUAUUGCAGGACCUAACUCUCACAUCUAUCCCUACAUCGCAAACAUUGUGAAUGUCUAUAAGAUGCCACAGCUUUCAUAUGGGUCUUCUCCAACAAUAGAUGACAACAUACAAAUGGUUUUCUUUCAUCGUUUUUUCCCAAAUGGUGAUCAACAGAUUAAGGGUAUUCUCCAGUUGCUGCUAUAUUUUAGAUGGACAUGGAUUGGGCUGAUUUACCAACUUAAUAAGAGUGGAGAGAGAUUCAUACAAAAUAGUGUUUCUUUGUUUUCCCAGAGAGGGGUCUGCUUUGACUUCAUAGAAGAGAUGGCCAAGGAAACAUUUUCUAAUCUUAUUUUAAGUGUCCUUUUAGAUUUUCGUAAAACAUACAUGGUUAUCAUGAAGAGCACUGCCAAUGCUAUUAUUCUACACUGUGAAAAUCAGAACACUAUCUUUUUUAGAAUAGUGUUCUGGGAACAGGUUUUUGAAGAAAGACCUAGAAAAUCCAAAAUUUGGAUCAUGACAGCCCAGAUGGAAUUCACCUCCAUCCUAAUGCAAAGACAGUUGCCCAUUGAUUUUCUCCAUGGUGCUUUUGCCUUUGCAAUUCACUCAAAGGAGCUGACUGGAUUCCAACAAUUUAUGCAGAACAGAAACCCAAACUUUGACAAAGAAGAUGGUUUCAUUAAGGAUUUCUGGAAAGAUGCAUUUGAAUGCUCAUUCUCCAGUGAUGUUACAGAUGAGAAUACUGAAAGGGUCUGCACUGGAGAAGAGAAGCUGGAGACUCUUUCAAAUUCUGUGUUUGAGAUGACCAUAAGUGGACAUAGUUACAGCAUCUAUAAUGCAGUCUAUGCUGUAGCAUAUGCUCUGAAGGCAUUGCACUCCGCCAAACUCAAAGAAGGUCAAAUAAUGAAUAAAAAGAGAUGGAAACUCUUCCUUCAAUCAUCAUGGCAGACAUUACCUCUUUCCAUCUGUAACAAGAAAUGUCCUCUUGGCCAUAGCAAGUUAAAAGUGGAAGGGAAAUUAUCCUGCUGUUAUGACUGUAGACGGUGUCCAAAAGGAAUGAUAGCAGACCAACUGGACUUGGAUGAUUGUCUUACAUGUCCAGAGUAUCAAUAUCCAAACAAAGAUCAAGAUAUGUGCAUUCAAAAAAGCAUAAAUUACUUGACAUAUCAAGAAUCUCUGGGGAUUUGUUUGGUAGUGAAUGCUAUCUUAUUUUCUUUCAUCACAGCUAUGAUUCUGGUGAUCUUCAUUAAAAACCAGGAAACUCCCAUUGUCAAAGCUAACAACAUAAAUCUCACUUAUUGCCUUCUCAGUGCUCUUCUCCUUUCCUUCCUUUGCACUUUGUUCUUCAUUGGGCAACCUAAUCAAGUGAAAUGUCUCUUGCGACAAAUUGUUUUUGGCAUCCUCUUCUCAGUAGCUCUUUCUUGCAUAUUGGGGAAAACAAUCAUAGUGGUUCUAGCUUUCAUGGCCACCAAACCAGGCUCCAAAAUGAGGAAAUGGGUGGGGAAAAGGCUGGCAAACAUAAUUGUCCUAUUUUGCUCCUUGGUACAACUCACCAUUUGUGUACUAUGGCUGGUAAUUUCUCCCCCUUUUCCAGAUUAUGACAAACACUCCAUGGCUGAAGAAAUUGUCCUGCAAUGUAAUGAAGGUUCAACUACAAUGUUUUAUACAGUCCUUGGAUUUUUGGGAUUCUUGACUGCUAUCAGUUUCACGGUGGCCUUCCUAGCUAGGAAUUUACCUGAUAGUUUCAAUGAAGCCAAAUUUAUCACCUUCAGCAUGUUGGUCUUUUGCAGUGUCUGGGUAACAUUUGUUCCCACCUAUCUGAGCACCAAGGGGAAGUACAUGGUGGCUGUGGAAAUCUUCUCCAUUUUGGCUUCUGCAGCUGGAUUACUAAAUUGCAUAUUUAUGCCUAAAUGUUAUAUCAUUAUUCUAAGACCUGAUCUGAAUAAGAAGAAACAACUAAUAAAGAAAUGA